AUGACGAUGUUGAAGCUUUUUGGAAUCAUCCUUUUCUGUGGCCUCCUCUCGCCCUCUCAAGAAGUCUUGUCCGGUCUGUCCUGCGCCGUCAGUCCAGGGGCAAUGCAGAAUGUUCUCUCGGAUGCCAUACUCCAGAACGGGCUUCUCCAGCAGCACCUCCAGGGCCUCGUGCUCCCAAACAUCAUGGGUGAAGGGGGUCUGCUGAACUCUCCCACCAGCAUCACUGGCCUGCACCUUGUCAAGGUUCGGCUCCCCAAGCUGUCAGUGGCGCUGCUGCCAGGGAUCGGGGUCCAGCUGACCAUCGCCGCGAAGCUGGAGCUCAGCGGCAACUGCUUGGUUGGCCUUCUUUCAGAACUAAUUGAUAUCUUAGUGGAUGUGAACAUUACUGCAAACAUUAAAUGCACGAAUUUUGAAUCGGGCACAGUCCAGGUCGUCAUUGAAGACUGCCUCUGCAUUCUUGGUGCCAUAAAGAUCAAGCUCCUUUCUGGCUUACUCUCCCUAUCGGUAAAUGAGAUAGUGCUUAAGCAGCUGACAGCGACUCUGCCUGGCCUGCUGUGUCCAGUAGUCGAUAUUGUCGUCAACCUUGUGAACAUCCAGCUCCUGGGCACUCUCAAUGCGGUGAUCCCGGUCGGUACGGCAGGAACGAUUCACUACCAGCUGGCCAGCCUGCCCUUUACCUCUGGCUUGUUCCUUGGGUUGGAUUUAGAUGGUGCAGUGAAGCAGGUGGGAGGCAGCAUCAUCCCCCAUGACUCGUCCCCCUCUGCUUUGCCUCCGCUGCUGGACAAGCUUCUGGUCUUGGGACUGCGCCAGAGCUUUCUCAAUGCAGCCCUGUCCCUCCUGAUCCAGAUACCGCCGCAGACCUUCACCUGCACGCCAGAAGUCUUCUCCGGCGCCAGCCAUCUGCAAGAAGCCAUGGCGACCCUCCUUCCUGCUGGGUGCUCCACCUGCCGCGGGACCAGUCCUCUGAGCAUUAACCUAAUUUUGGUUGGGAACCCGCUCAUCCUCUUGGAAGAAAACAAAGCCACCGUCGAGCUUUCGGUCAUGAUUCAGGUGUUCAUUAAGCGUUUAGAUGGAGACAUCCUCAACCUCCUGCUCCUGAAGGCCGACCUCGGUCUAAACGUCCGCGUGUCGAUUGCUGGAGGCAGACUGGUGCUGGGGUUGUCCCUGGGCAGCAUUUCCCUCUCCUUGGAGUCUUCUGAUGUUGGCAUCAGUAACAUCUCGAACUUGAAGCCACACUGCAGCAGCCUGCUGGCAGAAACGUUGCUGCCCCUUAUCAAUGGCGCUCUGAGCAUCGGGAUCCCGCUGCCGAACGUGCUGGGCAUUCCCUUAAUAAAGGUGGAUGUUCAGAUAUUAGCGGAACGAUGCUCCUGCGCGGUGGUGGGGUCCCUGCUGAAGCAGCGUGCUGCAGGUGGCCCCGGCGCCAGCUGA